AUGCGCCAAUCAACCAUUUUCACUUCUCUUCUCGCAGCUGCCUCCAGCGCAGUGGCCCAAUCAUCGAGCGGCGCCGCCCCCUCCAGAAUCGCGCUCUCUUCGUCCGCCUCGAGCUUUGCCGCCAGCUCUUCCAGCGCCGCCCCCCAAACUUCCGGCAAUGCUUCGAUUCCUUCCGGAGGCUACGGCACCCAAUCCGUGACCGUGCUUCUCGAGAACGCCGCCAUGGGAGACGAAGCCAUGAUCUCUUUCCAGAGGGUGGAGAACCGCAUCUCAGGACGUCCAUCAGGCUCCGCUGGGCCGUUCACGACCGUCGAAAUCUCCGUCGGUCAAGAUGCCAAUCAAGCGCUUCGCUGCCAGGUUCUCGACGAUGCCGGAAUGCCUAUUGCGGCUACUCGCGGCCCGAAUUUCGACAACUUCGACCCCCCUGCUUUCGUCAACCACGUCGUCUGCGAUCCUGCUUUCGUAGGCAAGGGAUUCGAUCUCACCGUGACUCUGCAGAACGCGGACACCAAGGUCGGCCGCCAGACUUUCUUCCCGAACUUCAUCGGACGCACCACACUCCCGCCGACCGGAGGAUCCGGACCCUUCAAGACGGUAGCGGUCUUCGUUGGUCAGAAUGCGGACCCAGCGAUCCGCUGCCAGCUCAACGACGCCAGCGGAAAUGCGAUUGUCGCCACGAGGGGUACCAACGUCGACACCACAUUCUCCGAUGCUCAGAAGGGCGCAUGGACGUUCCAACAGCCCGAUGCAGAAGUUGCCGAGAUCAUUUGCGACCCUGCUCUGGUUGCCGCGCCGCAGUAA